AUGGCUGACAGCAUCCCGUUAAAUCCAGUGCGGAAGAACUCGAAGAGACUCCCGUAUUACAACUCAGCCAGACUUUCAAGAUACUCCCUAGAAGAUGAUCCCUCUAACCUGGAUGAGAUGCCUCUGAUGAUGUCGGAGGAAGGCUUUGAGAAUGAUGAGAGCGACUAUCAGACGCUGCCCCGGGCCAGAGUCAAUCAGAGACAGAGGGGCCUCGGCUGGUUCCUUUUUGGAGGCUGGAAAGUCCUGUGCGGCAGCUGCUGUGAUUGCUUGGCUCAUAUAUGUCGAAGAAAGAAGGAGCUGAAGGCCAGGACGGUUUGGCUCGGCUGCCCAGAGAAAUGUGAGGAGAAAUUCCCCAAAAAUACCAUCAAAAACCAGAAGUACAACAUCGUCACCUUUGUGCCUGGGGUUCUCUACCAGCAGUUCAAGUUCUUCCUCAAUCUCUACUUUCUGGUGGUGGCCUGCUCCCAGUUUGUGCCAUCGCUGAAAAUUGGAUAUUUGUACACAUACUGGGCACCACUGGCUUUUGUGUUAGCUGUUACCGUAGUGCGAGAGGCUGUGGAUGAAGUACGGCGCUUCCAACGUGACAAAGAGAUGAACUCUCAACUCUACAGCAAACUCACAGUGCGAGGUAAAAUUCAAGUGAAGAGUUCGGAUAUUCAAGUUGGAGAUCUGAUCAUUGUCGAGAAGAACCAGAGGAUUCCUGCAGACAUGAUAUUCCUGAGAACAUCGGAGAAAAAUGGAGCAUGUUUUAUCAGGACAGAUCAGCUGGAUGGAGAAACAGACUGGAAACUGAAAGUGGCUGUUGGCUGCACACAAAGACUCCCUGCAGUAGGGGACCUUUUCUCCAUCAGCGCCUACGUCUACGCUCAGAGGCCUCAGCUGGACAUCCACAGUUUCGAGGGAAACUUCACAAGGGAGGAUGCUGACCCGCAGAUCCAUGAGAGUCUGAGUAUUGAAAACACUCUAUGGGCCAGCACUGUGGUUGCAUCUGGCACAGUGAUAGGGGUGGUGAUCUACACGGGCAAAGAGACCAGAAGCGUAUUGAACACGUCCUACGCCAAAAACAAGGUCGGACUUCUGGAUCUGGAGCUGAACCGCCUUACCAAAGCCCUGUUCCUUGCCCAGGUGGUCCUGUCUGUUGUCAUGGUAGCACUGCAGGGGUUUGUGGGUCCUUGGUUCCGCAACCUUUUCCGAUUUGUUGUGCUUUUCUCUUACAUCAUCCCCAUCAGUUUGCGUGUGAAUCUGGACAUGGGAAAGUCAGCUUAUGGCUGGAUGAUAAUGAAAGAUGAGAAUAUUCCUGGCACUGUUGUGAGAACCAGUACCAUCCCAGAAGAACUUGGUCGGCUAGUCUACCUGCUGACAGACAAGACAGGCACGUUGACACAGAAUGAAAUGAUCUUCAAGCGGCUGCAUUUGGGAACAGUGUCCUAUGGCACUGACACUAUGGAUGAGAUUCAGAGCCACAUAGUCCAGUCUUAUGCACAGGUGACCUCUCAGUCAUCCAAUGGUAGCACCAGCGGAUCGACUCCUUCCCGGAAGUCCCAGUCAUCAGGCCCUAAGGUCCGUAAGAGUGUCAGCAGUCGCAUCCACGAGGCUGUAAAGGCCAUCGCGCUGUGCCACAAUGUCACCCCUGUCUACGAGUCCCACACCAGCGUAAAUGGAGAAACAGAAACCGCUGAAGCUGAUCAAGACUUCAGUGACGACAACCGCACCUACCAGGCAUCCAGCCCAGAUGAGGUGGCGCUGGUUCGGUGGACAGAGAGCGUCGGCCUGACCCUGGUGAACAGAGACCUGACCUCUCUGCAGCUGAAGACUCCAUCAGGACAGAUCCUCUCUUUCUACAUCCUGCAGAUCUUCCCCUUCACCUCUGAGAGCAAAAGGAUGGGCAUCAUUGUCAGGGAGGAGUCAACAGGAGACAUCACUUUCUAUAUGAAAGGUGCUGACGUUGCCAUGGCGAGCAUCGUCCAGUAUAACGACUGGUUAGAAGAAGAGUGUGGGAACAUGGCCAGAGAAGGACUGAGGACGCUGGUUGUAGCCAAGAAAUCUCUGUCUGAGGAGCAGUAUCAGGACUUUGAGAACCGUUACAACCAGGCAAAGCUGAGUAUCCAUGACCGGACCCUGAAAGUUGCUGCUGUGGUGGAGAGUUUGGAGAGGGAGAUGGAGCUCCUUUGUCUGACUGGUGUGGAAGACCAGCUACAAGCAGAUGUUAGGCCCACACUGGAGCUGCUCAGGAACGCUGGAAUCAAGAUCUGGAUGUUGACCGGAGACAAGCUGGAGACGGCUACAUGCAUCGCUAAAAGCUCCCAUUUGGUUUCCAGGAACCAAGACAUCCACGUCUUCAGACCGGUCUCGAACAGAGGAGAGGCCCAUCUGGAGCUCAACGCCUUCAGAAGGAAACAUGACUGUGCUUUGGUCAUCUCUGGAGACUCUUUAGAGGUGUGUUUACGUUACUACGAGCACGAGUUUGUAGAGCUGGCAUGUCAGUGUCCUGCGGUGGUCUGCUGUCGCUGCUCGCCGACCCAGAAGGCUCAGAUCGUCCGCCUCCUGCAGCAGCACACGGCCAACAGAACCUGUGCCAUAGGUGAUGGAGGAAAUGAUGUCAGUAUGAUCCAGGCUGCAGACUGUGGGAUUGGAAUCGAGGGGAAGGAAGGGAAGCAGGCGUCCUUGGCUGCAGAUUUCUCCAUUACUCAGUUUAAACACAUCGGUCGUCUGCUGAUGGUUCACGGCAGGAACAGCUACAAACGUUCUGCAGCUCUGGGCCAGUUUGUCAUGCACAGAGGCAUGAUCAUCUCUACCAUGCAGGCUGUGUUCUCCUCCAUAUUCUUCUUUGCCUCUGUGCCCUUAUAUCAGGGGUUCCUCAUGGUUGGGUAUGCCACCAUCUACACCAUGUUUCCUGUCUUCUCCUUGGUUCUGGACCAGGACGUGAAGCCAGAGAUGGCGUUGCUUUACCCAGAGCUUUAUAAAGACCUUACCAAGGGUCGUUCAUUAUCUUUCAAGACCUUCCUCAUAUGGGUUUUGAUCAGUGUCUAUCAAGGGGGCAUCUUAAUGUACGGCGCGCUAGUGCUGUUCGAAUCCGAGUUCGUGCACGUGGUCGCCAUCUCUUUCACGGCGCUCAUCCUGACCGAGCUGCUGAUGGUGGCGCUGACGAUCCGAACCUGGCACUGGCUCAUGGUGGUGGCCGAGUUCUUCAGUUUCGGCUGCUACCUGGCCUCGCUCGCCUUCCUCAACGAAUACUUCGGCAUAGGCAGGGUGUCGUUCGGAGCUUUUCUUGACUUGUCUUUCAUCACGACUUGGCCUUUCCUGUGGAAGGUUUCUGCGAUCACACUGGUCAGCUGUCUUCCUCUCUACAUUAUCAAAUACCUGAAGCGCAAGUUUUCCCCACCGAGCUACUCCAAACUGUCGUCUUGAGCCAAACUGGGAUUACUUGUUUGUUUUUUGUAGUUUUUUGCUUCUCUGAGCUUUCUAUUUUGAGCACUUUUUUCCAAACUCACUGAUCCUCAGUGAUUGACAAUUGACCUGUGGACGUCUAGGAACCUCUGGAACAAUCAGAAUCAGAAGAAACAAAUUAAAUAAUCGUUUUUUGGAUUUAUUUGACUGCGACUUGGGAUUACUUGAAAAGACAGAGCACAUAAAAACGACUAUAAAUGAAUGGAAAUAAAAUAAAUGAAAUGGCGUUAGUGACUGCACUUGGAAGGCCUGAAACACUGGACCCGCUUUGUGAAAUAGGGUCAUUUUGCCUUCUUUUGUUUUAAAGCAUUUCCAACAAAUCGGCUUCAAGUGUCAUUUUAUACAGUUCAGAUGCAUUUCUUUCUAUGUUUCAAUUUUUUAUAUGUGGAGUUGAGAUUUUUUUAAGUCUUCUUUUUUUUUAUCAUAAGUAUUAACAACAGUUGCUGGCCUGAGUCUUUCAACAGUAUUGAGUUGCUGUAAAGGAUUUAAAAAAAAAGACUAUUUCCUUCAAUGUUUUCCUGUGUUACUGUAAAUAAGGCCUUUACACGCAGCUCUGAUUACUACUGCUAUUAAUGUAAACCUCAACUUGUAAAAUGUGCAUUUACCAAAAAAUAGAAACACCUCCGAUGACAUUAAAAAAACGAAAUGCUGAUGACGAGUCCUGGACAGAAGCGUCUUGGAGACAUUUGCUGCUGUGUCCUUUACCUUUUUAAAGACAGUGAAUGACAUGAGUCCGCCAUCUUUGUAGAAAAACCAGCACUCCGUAGCAACAUUAAAUGUAUUCUUCACAUAUUUGGCCUUGAUUAUUGAGCAGAAUUUUACACUAAGGACGUCUGUCUGUGGCUACUGGUCCUUCCUGUCCAGAUAUGGCAGCUCGCUUUGUGCCUCAUUAUCUACGUUUAUGUAUUUAAAGCCACAUCUCACAACAUGGAUAAUCCAUCAGAGGUUUUGGUGUCAUUAUUUCUGAUGGUAAAACUAUUGAAACAUCACAGCGAAGGACCCUUAAUGGCAGAUUAUUUUUAGGCCUUUAUUGACAUUUACAUUCCCUUUCUGUGUGAUUUUUUUUUUUUUUUUAAUUAUUAUUAUUAUAAUUGUUAUGAAUGUUCUCGUGCAGGAGGAAUGAGUUUUAUCAUUCGCUCCUUGUUUUGUAAGUGUUGGAGUGAAGCAUGUGUUCAGUGAAAUGAAAACCUGAAGGAAGAAACGGAUCUUUUACACGUACAAAUCAGUGAAAAGGAGGUGGUUUAACUGUGUUUUACUUAAUAUAAUUGAGUUAAACUCAGGCUGAUUAUUCCUAAAUACAGGUGGAUUAUUUUGUUUAAACUGUGGCUACAACAUGGAAAAAUGUAGCUGCACUUUAAUAAUAAAAGAAAAAAAAAAGACAAAUAGUGGA